GAAAGAGCGAGUGCGAAAGGCCAAGGGCAGGCCAGGCAAACGGUGGCUGGGACGCCAGGGCAGGCAGCCGGAACCAGGAGAGCAACAAGCAGCCGGCUGCUAGGCUGCCUUCGCUGUCCCUUCCACGCCGAAUCGUCCUCCUGGGCAGCCUGCGGUUUCCUCUGACAGAACCAGACAGGGAACGCAGAGGAGAGGGGAGAAGGCGCGAGCGAAGGAGGGAGAGGAGGGAGGAGGGAAAAGUGUUCCGCGAAGCGGUACCGUCUUUCUGCCUGGCCCUUCCCUCCGCGACCCUGGUCCCCGCUCCCGUCCGGGCGCGAGCUGCCGGGCGAGCGCUGGAAGCCCCCCUCUGUGCCGGGGGGCGCGGGGACCGGGCGCGGGGACGGAGCGCGGGGCGGGCUCCCGCGCCGGCACAUGGCCGCAGCCGCCCCGCGCGCACCCCGAGGCGCCGCGCCCAGCUCGUCCAAGGUCCGUCGGCUGCGCCCGGCCGCCCCGGAGCCCAGCAGCGGCUGAGCGGGGAAGUGCCCGCACCCGGGCAUCGGGAUGAGCCGCCUCCUCCUCCUCCUCCUCUGGCUAGUUUCCUACUCUAUUGGAACCUUGGGGACUCACACCGAGAUCAAGAGAGUGGCAGAAGAAAAGGUCACUUUGCCCUGUCACCAUCAACUGGGGCUUCCAGAAAAAGACACCCUGGAUAUCGAAUGGCUGCUCACCGAUAAUGAAGGGAACCAAAAAGUGGUGAUCACUUACUCCAGCCGUCAUGUCUACAGUAACUUGACUGAGGAGCAGAAGGGCCGAGUGGCCUUUGCUUCCAAUUUCCUGGCAGGAGAUGCUUCCCUGCAGAUUGAGCCUCUGAAGCCCAGUGAUGAGGGCCGCUACAGCUGCAAAGUGAAGAAUUCAGGGCGCUAUGUGUGGAGCCAUGUCAUCUUAAAAGUCUUAGUGAGACCAUCAAAGCCCAAAUGCGAGUUGGAAGGAGAGCUGACAGAAGGAAGUGACGUGACUCUGCAGUGUGAGUCAGCCUCUGGCACAAAGCCCAUCAUGUAUUACUGGCAGCGAAUCCGGGAGAAGGAGGGAGAGGAUGAACAUCUCCCCCCCAAGUCCAGGAUUGACUACAAUAACCCUGGACGUGUUCUGCUUCACAAUCUCACCAUGGCGUCCUCUGGGCUCUACCAGUGCACAGCGGGCAAUGAGGCUGGGAAGGAGAGCUGUGUGGUGCGAGUGACUGUACAGUUUUCUGAGAAAAUAGAUGUACAAAGCAUCGGCAUGGUUGCAGGAGCAGUGACGGGCAUGGUGGCUGGAGCUCUGCUGAUUUUCCUUUUGGUAUGGCUGCUGAUCCGAAGGAAGGACAAAGAGAGAUAUGAGGAAGAAGAGAGACCUAAUGAAAUUCGGGAGGAUGCGGAAGCCCCCAAAGCCCGCCUCGUGAAACCUAGUUCCUCCUCCUCAGGCUCUCGGAGCUCACGCUCCGGUUCUUCCUCCACCCGCUCCACAGCAAAUAGUGCCUCACGCAGCCAGCGGACACUGUCGACUGAAGCGGCGCCCCAGCCAGGGCUGGCCACCCAUGCCUACAGCCUAGUGGGGCCGGAGGGGAGGGGUUCUGAACCAAAGAAAGUCCACCAUGCUACCCUGACCAAAGCAGAACCACACCCAGCAUGAUCCCCAGCCAGAGCAGAGCCUUCUGAACCGUCUGAAUUAGAGUGGACUUGACUCCCAUGCUUUCCCGGGAGUCAGGAUCUUAGGACUCUUCGGCACCGAAGCUCAGUCACCAGCCACACGACCCCUUCGAACCAGAUGACAGGCCAUUUCAGUAGCAGUGAGCAUUGCAUGGAACCGAUUCAAAUGAGCACUUUCUUUAUAUGACACCAAACAGGAAAAAGGAUGUAAACUGAUCAUCUUCCAAAAGGCAUCUCAUGGUGCCUUGAGACCAGAGUGGGGAAAAGCGGGGGUCCAAAUCUGUGUGUUUGUUGACCAGGACCUGUGGUGGAAAAGGUUGGGGAAAGGGGAACUGAACACACUUAAAACUUCUCACCUGAGAUAUUUUGUAUCAGCACUUCCGCUCAACGUUGUCAAGAAGAAAUGAGAUGUUGUUCAUAAAUUUUCUAUGCAUUUCUGCAAACCUACUGGAUUAUUGUGAUUAUUCAGAGUCAAGUGGAACCCACAGCCUUAUAUUUCACCUAGCUGCACCAUGUACUGGGCAUAUUGCUUCUGAGAAAUUUCAAAAAAGGAAAUACAUUCCUCCCAACCUGACUUCAUUUACCAUAAGGUUUGGAUAUUAAUUUCACAAGGAGUUGAACUAGUGAGAGGUGAAGAAUGAUUUGAGUUUCUCCCCCUCUAUCCACUACUAAUCUCCCACUUAUAUUAAACCAUAAGAGAACUAAGAAAGGAAUUCAAAAUGUGUGACAGGGGACUGUGAAAAACUUUACAUCUUAAUGAUGUUCAGAGGGUCACUGACAGAUAUCAGAAAUAUAUACUGGAACAAUUAUGGACUGUCCCUCAAAUCAGACGUCUCUGAGGACUUCCCUGCUGGAUAUCUGGAGCAAAAAAACAUUCACUGUGUGUCAUUUGACAAUGUUCCUAGAAGUCUUUUAGAGAAAGAGAGAUCUUUCAGAGAUGCUAAAAGAUCAUCUGACAUAUCAUUGCAUUCUCUUUUGAGAACAUAUGAAAUCAGAAUUUCAAGACUGACUAAAUGAGAAAGGGAGCUUAGAUAGAUCAAUUUUCUCUUAAUAUGUUGAGGAGUGGUAUAAGGAAUUUUACUAUUACACCAAACUUGGAGCUUCCUCUGUUUCUUUCAUUUUAGGAGAAUGGUGUGAACCUGGGGCUUUUGAUAAUUCUAGGCCUUAAAUUAUCAGAAAGAUCAGGGAUUGCCAGUGUUUCCUAAUGGCAUUGCAAGUACGUCAUAAUCAUUCUCUCUUGAAAGGCUGACACAGAGAGAAAUUCAGUAAUUUCCCAGCCUCUGGGGAAGUCCAGGUCUGGAAGGAAAGGGAAUUAUAUUUAGGGAAGGGAUGGUGAGGAUAACUCAUGGGUGGCAGGACCAGGGCUGGAUUAGUGACUGCUAACAUUCGAACUGUCAUCAUCUUGGAAACAAUGAACAGAAAUGAUUCACCAGGAUAACCAUCAAAGAGUUGAUUCAUGGAAGAAAGGUGUGUGAGAAAUAAAAAGAAAAGCACAGCCUGCAAUACAAGAACUUGCCUUUUUUAAUAGUGUUGACUAUUCUGAGUCAAAUUCAUCCUAUGGCAAGAAUGGUAGAUCUGAAAUAGCCCUGCAAGGACCUUAGGACAAAUGUCAACAGAUCACCAUUGGUAGUGCAAAAUAUUUAUGAUUAAAAGAGAAAGUCAUGCUGAAUCUGGAGAUGAAAGCAUUGUUUCUAAAAUGGGAAUCAGAUGCUUGAAGAGAAAAGGCAGAUCUGGGAUUUGGCCCCAUUUCUCUGGUUUUUCAUUUCUACAUUUAAUUCUUACAAAACAGUCCUCAUAUAGUGCAAAUGCAUUUCCCUCUAAGGUUCUUUAAGAAAAAAAAAAAAGAAAUGGGGGUUUAUCCUUGGGUGAAAACUGUAAUCUGAGGUUUGUCUUCCUCUUAAAAAAAGCUGGGAAAUAAGAGACAUUGAGGAAGUAAUGUAAAGAAUGUCUGCUAUUAAUUUAAGAAGGCUGGCAUAUUUGGAAUGCUUCUUAUACUGCCUCAUUGUAAGAUAGAAACCCCUUCCAUAUACUUUUUUAUUCUUCUAGUAGUGUGGUAACCUAUCACCUCUGCUAUGAAAUUCUGAGAAUUCCCAUUCCUAGAGUACCUGAGCCAAACAAGUACACUCUGGAGGCUGCAGCUGUACUAUCAGAAGCAAUUUGCUCUUAUCAUUAUUUACACCUUUGAACCUAAUGUUUCCUGUAUAUGCCUUUGAAAGCAGGCAUCAGUCCCCUUUGCAUGAUAUGGAGAUUUAGGUUAUUUAAACAUAUUAGUUACUAAAAGACUAAAAUACCAGUUGAAUAUCCAGAUUUUGGGUAUCUAUUCACACUGGAAAUCUACAAGAAAAUUCACAAAACAGGUAACUACCUAAAAUCUGAGAAAUUCUAAGGAAUUGAAAAUUCUGAGCGAUAAGGGUGAAGUUUUAGCAAUGAGAGUACACUUCUCUUAGAGUCAGGUUUUUGGGUUCAGAUAUGGCAAGCUCCGGGCUUAAGAUGAAGUUCCGAGACACUACUGGCUUCAAACCAUAUUCCAUUAACUUUAACUCAAAUAAAUUUGAUCCUUUAAUAUGAAACAAACAAAAAGGCAAGAAAGCUAAAAAGUAGAAGGAAGAAAUGUUUGUGGGAAGAAGAUACUGAUGGAAUGAUGUGUAUGUUUGGAGAAUAACCAUUUCAAUAAAAUAUAUAAACCAAACUUAAAUUUGGAAAAUAAUGAAGUUGAUGCCCUUGUUGUUACACUGUAUAAAAAUAAUUUCAGAAUUGCUGUUGCAAAAAGACAUAAUUUUGCUUCAUUUCUGGUGUUAAGCUGUUUAUAUUUUAACUUCUAAGUUGCCUUGUAAUUGAGACUGUAUUUGAUCACAAAAAACAAAUAUUUAUUACAGAUGUAUCUGUAUUAGCAAUUAAAAAAUAAAUAAGUAAAGGUAAUACCGUAGGAGAAGCUAAA